GACCUGUGUUGUUUCCCCCAGUGCCCGACGGACCUCCGGGGAACGUCAGUGGGGUGUUAAAUGGGACAGAAGUGAUGGUCAGCUGGGAGGAACCAGAUGGAAGGAUGAACGGAGACCUACAGGGAUACCUGCUGGAGUACAGCAGCCCCAAUAUGGAACAGGCUGUAGUGGACACGGGCCUCUACACAGAGCUGUCCGUCAACCUGUCCGUCCCUCUGUCUAACGUGUCCUUCAGGGUGUGUGCCUACACCAAGGCGGGACAGGGGCCAUGGACCCCCUACACACCCUCACCCUUAUCCCCCUGUAAACUAUACACCCUGACACGCUUUGGGGAAGUGUUUGAGCCCAUGAUGGAGAGUGGAGAGCUGGUGGUGAGGUACAGAGCACGACGUACAUACAGCCGCAGGACCACUGAGGCCACAUUGAACACCCUUGGCAUCAGUGAUGAGCUGAAACAUAAGCUGCAGGAUGUGAUGGUGGACAGACACAAGCUAACCCUGGGAAAGACUCUGGGAGAGGGAGAGUUUGGCUCUGUGAUGGAGGGAGCGUUAACGCAUGAGGAGUCUGUUCUCAAAGUGGCUGUGAAGACCAUGAAGAUUGCCAUCUGUACCCGCACUGAGAUGGAAGACUUCCUGACAGAAGCUGCCUGUAUGAAGGAGUUUGACCAUCAGAACGUCAUGAGACUGCUAGGUGUGUGUCUACAGACAGUAGAGAGUGAAGGUUACCCCUCCCCUGUGGUCAUCCUGCCCUUUAUGAAACACGGAGACCUACACAGCUACCUGCUCUACUCACGCCUUGGAGACUGCCCCGUGUACCUGCCGUCUCAGAUGCUGGUGAAGUUCAUGGUGGAUAUCGCCAAGGGGAUGGAGUAUCUCAGCAGAAACAACUUCAUCCACAGAGACCUGGCUGCAAGGAACUGCAUGCUGAAUGAGAACAUGAAUGUGUGUGUUGCUGACUUCGGCCUUUCUAAAAAGAUAUAUAACGGAGACUACUACCGCCAGGGUCGCAUCUCUAAGAUGCCCGUCAAAUGGAUCGCCAUCGAGAGCCUGGCAGACCGCGUCUACACCACCAAGAGCGAUGUGUGGUCAUUUGGCGUGACCAUGUGGGAGAUAGCAUCGCGCGGCCAGACUCCGUACCCAGGUGUGGAGAACAGUGAGAUAUAUGACUACCUGAGACAAGGAAACCGUCUCAAACAACCUCCAGACUGUCUGGACAGCAUUUAUUCCCUGAUGUUCUCCUGCUGGUUCUUGAGUCCUAAGGACCGUCCUCUGUUUGAGACGCUACGUGGGGAGCUGCAGAAGGCUCUCGAGGACCUGCCGGACUCCCAGGACCCCGAUGAGAUCCUCUAUGUCAACAUGGAGGAGUCGAUGGAGCUGGGGGCCGUGGGGGGACGCGACCCGGCCGGGGGCCUGAAGGGUUUGGACUCUGUGGCCAUGGUGGAGGUGCACCACACCCACCCUAGCCGCUAUGUCCUCUGUCCCCAACACGACACCAACCGCCUGCUCUCUGACUCCCUGGAAAGUCUUAACCUGGUGUCCUCCUCUUCCGCCACGCUGCCCCUGGGGACAACCCUACAACCCUCCGGCUGCUCCACCCCGACAAGCACGGCAGAGGUGCAGGAGGACAGGGGAGGGCCCAGGAAGGUACCCUGGUAGUGAUGAAGGGCUCUACGCUCACCACUGUCACAGAGUCAAUACAGACUGGUCAAUACCAUCAGAACUAUACAAUCCCUCCUGUUGGUAUUCACUGUCAGUCUUGACAGACAGACUAGACAAUACCAUUUAAUCCCAAUCAAAUAAUUUAGCAAGCCUUUUUGCACAAACAUACUCCUACACACACACCCAUACACACUCCUUUAGGCAUUCCACUUUGUGAUUGAAAUAGUGGGAUUGUCAAAAUGUAUAUAGUUACGUCCUCACAUAUCCUCCUUCUUAAGCACACUUCGUACCAUAAUGAGUCUACAGGCUAUUGGCCCUGAAACCCUUCAGACAGACCAGACAGUAAAGACUAGUACCCCUCAGACAGAC